AUGUCCACCGACGGUCGGACCUCCGAGGGUUCAGGAUCAGAGACACUUCCUCCUGAACUAAGCAUGAGGUGAGACGACUGAUAAUUGACAAAUCGUCAUUCAUUAUUUCAUGGCUCACUGACUAUAUAAAACUCACGCUUUGGAAAACCGGAAUAGGCUGUAAGCUAUUUCUUUCUCCCGAGAUAUUAAAAUUUUCUAAAACGAGCUACGCCAAACGAAAUAGACCUUCAGGGGUUCAAAGAAGCUACUGCAGUAUUCUGAUGGUUAACAGUAUCCUGUCCUCCAACAAGUUAAAAAACUGCUAUCAAAUUUUCUGCGUUAAGACCCGCUAAACCCUGAUCGCGACAAUAAGUCUCACCGAGCCAAAGUUCUAGAGAGCUCUCCUGUACACCAUGAAGGUCUCGGAAGUCAUCAGUUGUCUUCUCGGAAUUGGGGAUGGACACAAACCGCAGGCAGGCAUCGGAAGCCAGGCAAUGAGGCGCUGACUUCGAGGAACCGGGGGAUUACUCUUGACACGAUCGACCGAACACACAGCAGCGGUGAGGAUGAAUCACGUCAACUUCCAGGCCACAUAUCAUUCGAGGGGACCGUUCAGAACUUCCGAGUUCAACUAUGUCGCGAGAUUUAACAAAAGUUUUGGUCGCUAACCACUUGAACCCUGUUUCUUCGGCCCACCGUCCAUCCGUAACCACAAGGAUCCUCUAACCCAUAUAGCACUAAUAGUUCGUCUGAUCAAGGAACUUAAUCUCGUGGGGGCGCAUCCGUAAUGAAUGCGUGAGGGAUUGAUUUUAUACAGUGUGAAGAGGCGUUUAAACUUCAUUCCGGGAUUACAGCAUCCUCCUGUGUGUCCAACAUCUCCGCUUAUAGCCGUAUCUGACGAUGGGUUUGGGAAAAAAUCCGAAACUUUAGGUGAAUUAAAAUUCCUGCUUCGAUACUCAAGUCCCCUUCCUCGUGUUUUACGAAUCGUAGAAUUUAACUCAUGUGGGACUGUGGUGCUGAUCAGCCUCAUGGAUUUUCAAUUCACGAAAGCGUCCAGCUCGUCAUUCUAAUGCCAUGAUGAAUUCCUCAGUGCAUGUUUUCACCCGCCUACCAAUCUCUCCGACACAUUUUACUUUGCAAGAACCGCACCUAAUUCGACAAGGGGCAAGCGACUCUUCGCCUCUUGAUAGAGCCUCUGGUCGAUAAAUGAUACCGGUCAUAUCGCAGAGGUUACCUCUGGGCUCUAACCUCCUCUCCUCAGUGAGGAACUUUGAGAGUUUAGAGACUUCAAUUAGAAAAACCACAUGGGUUCUUAGGUCCCUAUGCCUCUCCAUUCGGUAAAUACACACUGAUAUGUACUCAAAUAUCAGACUUCAAACAGUCAGGAGUGACGUUGCCGCCGUCUGUAUAGUCAUGGGCUAUAUUGUCUUUGAUGUUGAGAAGGCCUGGGACGAGUUCUGAGUUCUUUCAUUCGAACUUUCGCGUUAGAACAGGAGUUCCUCAUCAACAAUCGUUGCUGACCGCCUGAAAAGGCUUCUGUAAGGCCUGGCCGGGAUGGAAGGAAUGUAGACUAACUUGGUGGCAAACUUGCGAGGAUUCGGAGUAAUGUUGGCAAACUUAAACUUUUCCAGGAGUAUGGUACAAGACCAUCAGUGUUGCGGACUGUUCCUGCUCUCAUGUCCUGUUAUGGGGACUGUAUUAGUAAUUACUUUGGUAACAAAUCACCGUUUCGCGCGUCAAGUUCGAUUGGUCUAACCAUAUCUCCAUGCUUUCUGAUGUCAACCCUCUAUAAAUGCAAAGAUAACUCACGAAUGGAAGUGAGCGUUCGAGUUCCGGUGGCUGGAUUUCGAUUGGCUAGGCAUCUUUGCUGGUCGGUGCUAAAUGGGGCUUUAAUAAGCAUGACCCUAUUGUGUGCUGUGUUAUCCGACUUAUUAACGAUAUUUUUUGAGUAUGUGGAGAAACAAUCAACCCGCAGAUAAAGAAGGGAGGAGAGGAUAUGUAGAGGGGCCGUUGGGCCGUCACGGCUGCAGAUCCAGUUUGAUGUCAGGGGUCCAAAUGGAAUUUAAGAAGAGGACUCAAGAGCGACCCCCGGCAUAUAUAUGGGUCUCAAAGUAGUUAAUGCUCAGUUGUUAGAAGAUUACAAAUAUUGGCGAUAGGAGCAAACUGACGAGUUCCGGGAAGCAGUUCAAAAGAACAAGGGGAAGAAGGUGCGAUCAUUGGAACAGGAAAUUUUUUGGCCUGACGUUUCAGAUUCUCAGUCGAAUCCACCAGGUUUCAAGAGGCCGAAAUCCUCGCAAGGGCUGACACCUGCGUAAGCCGCAAGCUUUUCGAAUCCUGGUUCUCAGGGCCGCAAUCCACCAACAAGCGCAAUGACCUCCCGGCAUCAUAUUCGGUGCUGAGAUAUUCCCUGAGCAGGUGAAUCAGUCACUUGGGGAGGACGCGGACGAGCAACUAUCCCCGUGACUGCGGGCCAAAUGGUUGAGUAAUCGUCACGUCAACAUCCAAAACGGAUGAUGAAAGUGCAGCAACUAACGACUCGGACGAGGACUGACGAGUUAUCAUCACCUUAAUUACGACCACCAGCAGUGAUCGCGAGAGCUGUUAAUUAUAGUACAUAUGUGGUCCCAAAGCAGUUACGUACUACAAAUACUGCACUCCUUGUGCCUCCACUACCUUCAUCGGCAACCGCCUCUGACGAUGGAUUUGAGUGAGAAUCCGAAACGUCAGGCCAAUAAGCUCCCUGUUCCAGUGAUCGCAUCUUCUUCUUCCUCUGAAUCACAGACAUUAAUAUCGGCCGGCGGGCGCUUUGUCGAUUUUUGCUAUAAGGCAUUGCAUCAGAUCUCCUUUGCAUUUGUGACAUGUUUACUGGAUCUUACAUGAGGCGUUGGACUUCCGUCCAAAGGUUCAGGAUGACCAGACAAGUUAGUCGACGCUAGUAAGAGGAUGUGUAAGUUGCCUCCGCUCACCGGUUAGAAAUUUGAUCGGACUUAUCUAGUUCUUAACUCACGCUGUUUGAUGCCAGUUACUUAGCCCUCUUAUGCGCUUAACUUACUUAACCACCCAGUCUCACCGAGGAGCAGUUUGACCUACGACUGGAAACCCCGUCAGACCACGGGCGUCCUCCGGCUACGGAAACGACAAUGGAGGUGCGGGCGGCGGAGGAGGAGGAGGAGAUGAAGAAGGUGGAGUUUCAACAGAAGUCAACGUUUAAAAUCACCCCAACUGCAACUGCCUCCCUAUCCUACGGAAAACAGGCCGUACGUAAGUUUGCUGCCGACUGCUAACGACUUCCUCUUCCACUGGCAGCACGAUGUUGUAGACUGUGAAUUGAGCACUAAACUGUCAGUGUAACACGUGUUUGUCGUGUCUUUGUCGUGUCUUUGUCGUUCCCUACCGGGUCUCAAUGACGCUCAUUUUUUCCGACCUCAACGACUUGAGCGGGAAGCAGUUUAGGGCGCAGGAUGACUUUCUCACUAUCGCCCUCUCUCUCAAUUACUUUUGUGAGACAGAGGAUGGUUGCUAUUGAAGUAUAGGAUCUGUCUCGUGUCGGUGGAUUUUCGGAAUACUGUAGUUUGCAGCUGUCCAGUGGUACACCGGCGCACAAGUACGUCAAGGAAGGACAGAUGGUUGUUUGUUUCUGCUUCCAUCUGUUUGACUUACGAGCUCAAUGACAAAACAUUCGGGUUCCAUCUGCCGGCACUGUGACCAGGAGUUGGGUUCGUGUUAAGGCAGAAAGAACCACUCCAGUUCCCCAAAAUCUGUCGGUUCGACUUGCCAAACCGACAUUUAUUCUGAGGUCAGAUCUAUCAGGAGAACGAAAAGCGUCAGCCAAUCCGAAAUAAAAACGCUACUAAUGUAUGCGAUGUCACUCUCAUUCUUGUUCACUUGGGACACAUUUGAUUGCUCGGUCUCAGAGUGGUGAAAAACAGGCUUGAAAUCUCAAAAAGUGAACUUGACAGGGCGGGCUUUCCAAAAUGACCCCCCAUUUGCUCCCAUUCCGUUCACCUAUUGACGCUUUUCUACCUGACUACUUUCCUCCCCCCACAACCAAUCCCGGUGCGUUGUUUCUUCCUCCUAAGUGAUGACAGCGCUCGAGGUGAUAGCAGUCCUCACAUCCGUUAGGGAAAAGAAGGUACACGUCAACUGUCGAGCUCUACAAUCAGGAAAUUCACAUUUGUGCUUGUCACUGUCUGGAGGAGUUCUGAAUGGUUGAAAUAAUUUCUAUAUUCUCUCUCUCUCUCUCUCUCUCUCUCUCUCUCUCUCUCUCUCUCUCUCUCUCUCUCUCUCUCUCUCUCUCUGUUCCCAACUGCGAUAACGGGAGUCGGCAUUUCGCCUCCUUCCCUCGCGUGCGGACUGUCUCCUCUCUGCGUCCUCAUUCAAAAGGGACUACUGCGAUCCGGGUAUUGAUCCCUACUCAGUCGGUCAGCUGUGUGCCUUCUCAACAACGUUAUUUGAGGACUCCUGAUUAUCUAAAUGCUCCUCAAGUCAGUCAAAUAGUGGGAAUGUUGCGAAGACUCUGGCCGCAAGAUCAAGGCGGGGUCUGGGCGACUUAUGACAUGACCGCACCCUCUCGCCGAGGGGGUGCUCGGUCAGUCCUAAGUUUUUCACUUGAGAAUAAGGCUUUAACUGGCAGCAUAGAAGACGGCGCAUCUUGUGGAAUGUUAGCCGAAAUUCCGAAAUGUGUUUUCCAUUAGAAAGUGUUACUUUGGUGCAAUCCUAAUAGUGGUUAGCGUGCAGCGAAGUCCCAGGAUGCUUAAGUCACGCCAGGAGACUGGCUCUUGACGGCGCUUCUGUUCGGCAGCCCGCAAAAACUACAUUCGGUACACGCUACUACUUAAUAAGGCUGAAUUUUCAUAUUGAUUCCACACGCUCUUCUAAAUUCAAAUCUAUUUUUUAAAAAUAUGCAUAAAGUAUAUUAUUGCUUGUAUUCAUUUGGUAGUAGAUUAUGUGUAUUCUUCAGGGUUUGUACUCGAGGAAAGGGUGACUUUAGGUUUUGAAAUUUUUUUAUUCAGAAAUAGUCUCAAACCUGGUCUGCGCUUCGACUUGCACUUUGCGUUUCCAAACUGAAAGCUGCGUCCUUUGAAUUUACGGAAACUGUUAUCUAUUCCUCUGCGCUACUAAAAAGAAGCAAUAAAGGGCUCAUAAAAUUUUGCCCUGAAUGUCGAUCAAGUUGUAAACUUCGUAGGAAACAUAAACAAAUUGAUAGAUAUUAUGCUUCUUGAAUGUACGUUUCCUAGCCUUAAAAAUUCUCAUAGUUGUAAACCUCAAUUUUAUCUAAAAAUUACUCUUUAUUCUGGUAUUAAAUUUGCAAAAGAUGUAAUUUAAUGCCCAAUGAAUGCAAGGCAGAACACGUUUGUUUUCUAUGGAAUAUAUCAAAAUUUAAAAGGGCAUCGAAAAUCAACGGGAAAAUUCAUAUUGCUAAAAUAUUCCUAGUCACCUGGUCUAGGUUUUUCGAGCGGUCGGAAAUGAGGGACACUUUAAAACAAACAACCUGGUGUGACUGAAAUAUCAUGGAAUUAUGUUGUACAAUAAUCAAUACACACCUAAGUCAUCCCUUCUAAACUACAACAGAUGAUAGAAUCCCGGUUUAAGUUUCAUCGGAUACACCACAGAGUCCACUAAACCAUGCGUUUGGUCAACCGGCUGUAAAAAACGCAAAGCUUGCACAUUCUGGAUGUUAACAGGACAACAGAAUGCUAAUAAGGAGAAUAAAACCGAAUUUAAGACUGGCAUUGAGAAGCGGACGCCCAGGACCUAAGUGAAUUUCGAGCAGAAACGAAGCUGGCGUUCAAAAUUAGCUUACCAACGAGGAACGGACGAAGCUGUGGUAACCAAGGUCAGGAGGGACUUUAUAAUAAAACUCACUGACCGGCUGACAUUUCCGACAGUUCGACCUACUUUCCGCUUUCGAGAGCCCAUCGGAUAUCGAAUAGGAGUGGAACCUGCAUAAAGAGGAUAGCAAUCACGAAGACUCAUUAAAUCUCAAAGUUCGGCUUUAAGAGUACUGCUGUGCCACUGUAUGGGAAGGCCCACGGCCGGCUCAUCUGUCGGCUUACCCAAAGGCGUUAGCGCGACGGCACCUUAUUCUUUCGCUUUUUCUACCCAGACUUCACUACUUUCUGACUAUGAGUAGGACCCAUUUUCCGUUCGAUUAUGUCUUAGUUUAAAACCCCACCAAAGGCACAAGUCGCGCACUUUUCAGUGUUUUAAAAUCUGACGGAGACGUUAAUUUCUAGUUGUAGUUUGACAUUCUGGUGGGCAGCAAGGGCUUUAGUGUUUUAUUUGAAAAAAUGUAAACUCUGUCAGUAUGCCAGACAUUGCUUACUGUGCUCCCCAAAUCGAUUUUUAUGAUUUCAUCUCGUACUUAAACGAAAAAAAUUACAUAAUAAAAUAUGGUUGUUUAGUUGUUUCUUCUAUUUAUAUGAUAGUCCUACAGCAACUUUUUCGAAAUUUCUUAUCUGCAGAUAGAGCCAGUGGUUAGCAAAAUAACGCUCUCGAAACGUCCAGCACAGGCGCAAUUGAAAGAAGAACAGAUAGUCAGAUCACCAAUUCAAGAACCACAUUCUCAGCUCCGUAAAUCUUCAACUUCAUUGAGAGAGUAAGUGUUGUGUUUUUUGUUAUGGUUGCUAACGUUGUCAUGACUACUUUUGCAUCCUAAUGUAAAGUCUACUACCACCCAUGAUAUUAAUACAGCUCGCUCUUUUACCAUCAGUAUUGCUGUUAAUACAAUUACGUUUAUUAGAACAACCAUAGAAACUUUACUUCCGUUGUCUGCUGUAACAGUAUGUUUCAGUCUGGCACGUGUUUGUACGUACACACCGACUGCCAGCCCCUUUGUCUGAUACUAUGCGGCUCUGAAUGAUGCCGUCAUAACCUCGGGCUGAUCGCGGAUACUGCAAGGAUCUAUAGCAGGUGCACUAAUUUAUGAAAUGUUAACCGAAAUUCUGAAAUACAUUUUCAACUCAAAAAGAUUAUUUAAGUAGGAUUGUAAUACCAACCACCGUGCAUCAUAACCCAUAAUAAUUCAGUUACUCCAGAAUGCCGGCCUUUGACGAACUACUUUUUGACCGCCUGCAAAAAUUGCACUCGGUAAAAAAUGAUUACUUGAAUGGUAUGAAUUUUUCCCAUUGAUUUUCGACGUCCUUAUAAAUUUAGGCAUAUUUCUUUGAGAACGUGCAUUAAAAUAUUCAUUCUCUUACUCAUUUGGUAACGCGUUACGUCUUCUUCAAAUCUUAUAAUUGAAGAAAGGGUAUAAUUCGGUUUUAAAAAAACAUUCCCGACUUCCGCAUAAUUUUGAAUCCGACAUGCCGUGACACCUGCAUUCAGGGUUUCCAAACUACAAACUUUAUAUUUUCCGUGUACGGAAAAUCAUACACUUCUCUGCAGUAUUAAGAAGAAACCGUAUAACGGCUCAUAAAAUUUUUCGGUAGACUCGAGUCAUAUUGUAAACUUUACAAGCAACAUUAGUAAAUGCAGAAACACGAUGUUUUCUGAACGGAAAAUUCACGAUUUUAAAAAAUCUCAUGAUUAAAAACUUUGUAAGUCCUUUCUUCAAUUCUAAAACUUGAAGAAGUAUUGCCUUAUGAAAUCGGUAAAAGAAUGAAUAAUUGCAUGCACGUUUUUAACAAAACAUAUUUGAAUUUAAAAGGGCAUCGAAAACCUACGGGAAAAUUUCAAAAUCAAUGACAACAGUUAAUACUACUUAAGUAGUCCUUUUUACCAAGUGAAAUUUUUGCAGGCGGCUGAAAAGAAGCUCAUUCAAAUGCCUCCAUUCUGGAGUAUCUGAAUUAUAAUGGGAUUAUGACACAUGGUGGUUAAUAUUACAACCCUACUUAAGUAAUCUUUCCGAGUCAAAAACGCAUUUCAGAAUUUCGGUUAACAGUUCAUGAGUUUGCACGCCUACUGUAUAUGGUGUCAGGUCAAUCAUAACCAAACGCAACCGAUCAGUCAACUCUUAGACAUUAACGACCUCUGUGUGAUUUGCACAAUGUCGCAGUAGCCAAUCGUGGACAGACCCCUAGCACUACGACCCUCAGGGCAGGUCCCAAGUAUAGGAAUAAUCAUAUGGAGCGGGAAGAGGAGGAGGAGGAGGAGGAGGAGGAGGAAUGUGUCGUUGUAUCAGGUUGGCAGUCGGACGUGCGCCUCGCAUCUGAGGCCCACUGUGGAAAUACCCACGCUGCUGAAAACCCUAACGUUGGGAUUUUGUUUUCCUUCUUCUGAGUGGAGGGCACGUUUCUUUUUCACUCGGUUUUUCUGCUUGUCCCCGUCCGGGUUUCCUUGGCAAACCCUGAGUAAUUUUGAUCCUAUAACUACUGCAACCGAUAUCACUGCACUGCUUAAAUUUAUUAGUCACUAACCAGCCUUAGGAAAAUUUGUAUUCCUGUGUCGCCCCUAGUUCCUAUCGUUAAAAUCAAGCGGCGACUUGUUUUCCUUAAUCAACUGCAUCUCAAAUAAUGUAAAAACGGAAAAAAUACAAUUUAUUCUCGUGAAACCGUAUUGAAAUCUAUACUCAAAAUGUUAGCCACUUUCGAACCGCCAUGCCUGGCAUUGGACUAGUUCAUCUGUGAAUAAUUCUCAAGGACAUUAGGGCGCAAGCCUUAUUAAUGGACAACUUUCAGACGUCAUUCUACUUGUGCUGGAUUAUUUUCUCGAUUUUUGUAUGAGCAGGCUUCCCAUACAUUGCAAACUUACGUUUACUCCGUUGAAACGAUUUUUGGCGUUGUCGCGAUUUUCCGCCCCGGGUAUACAGGUCGUGUGGAUGGUGGCCCGGUCACCCUCAUCCUUCUGACCCACUUAUUUUCUUGUUGGUUAAAACUCAUUUGAAACGAUUUUCGGCGUUGUUGCGAUUUUCCGCUUUUCUAAAAUAAAUUCGGUAUUUCCGAGCAACCCUGUAUUAAUUUUGGUAUUUCUUUUAUGUUUCCAAUUAGCUUGAAGUCGUUAUUUAUUAUUUUAAGUCUUCGAUCCAUUUGUUUAUGGCGGUUUGCGGGUGAGUAACAAUUUUGGCACCUCUCAUGAGAUAGGCCACAUACUGAAUAUCUUAGGCUUUUCAAGUGGGCGUUUGACCCUCACUGUUGUGGUUAGGAUCUCACUCGAUCCCAUUCUGUCCGCCCGCCAGCUUGCUACUGGCGGCAACGAACGCUGUGUCAGAGGACACAUACAGUAGAUGUGCUAACUCAUGAAAUGUCAAUCAAAAUUUCGAAAUGCGUUCUCGUUUCGAAAAUCUAAAUUAAGUAGGGUUGUAAAACUAAUCAUGAUGCAACAUAAAUAUAUAAUCAUGCAGUUAUCUCAGGGUGUCGGCUUUCGAAAGAACUUAUUUUCGGCUGCGUGCAAGAUCUAUACUCUGCAUAAAAUGACGACUUAAUUAGUAUGCAAUUUUCUCAUUGAUUUUCGAUGCCCUUGAAAGUUCAAUUAUAUUUCAUGGAAAGCAUGCAAAAAAUAUUCAUUCUUUUACUUAUGCGGUAGAAAGUCACGUCUUCUUCCAAUUUCAUACUCAAAAUAAGAGUUUAAUUCGGUUUUAAAAAACUUUUCUAAUUCCCGAAUAAUUUUGAACCCGACCUGCUGUUACACUUGCAUUCAGGGUUUCAAAACUACAAGCUGUAUAUUUUCCGUGUACUGAAAACCAUACAUUUCUCUACAGUGUUAAAAGGAGAUCAUAUGAGGUUCAUAAAAUUAAGCAGUGGAUUUGAGGAAAAUUGUUAACUUUACAAGCCACAUUCGUAAAUGCAGAGACAUGACGUUUCAUGAACGGCCAUUUAACGGUAUUAAAAAUCUCACAAUUAGAAACUUUUUGAAAACCGAAUUAUACUCUUCUUUUGAGUAUGGAAUUGGAAGAAGACGUGAUUUUCUUCCGAAUGGGUAAAAGAAUGAAUAUUUUUUGCAUGCUUUCCAUGAAAUAUAAUUGAACUUUCAAGGGCAUCGAAAAUCAAUGAGAAAAUUGCAUGCUAAUUAAGAAGUCAUUUUUUGCAGAGUAUAGAUCUUGCAUGCAGCCGAAAAUAAGUUCUUUCGAAAGCCGAUACCCCGAGGUAACUGGAUCAUUAUAGAUUUAUGCUGCAUUAUGAUUAGUUUUACAACACUACUUAAUUUGUCUUUUCGAAACGAGAACGCAUUUCGAAAUUUUGAUUGACAUUUCAUGAGUUAGCACAUCUACUGUACCACAUAUAAUACAUGAGCAGCUCGCUAAGAGUGCAACAGGCCAGACGCAGACAGCUGUUUCACGGUCGUUACCGAUCAUCAGUACGUCAUAGGCCUUAUGAAGUGAGGUAUAUAAGCAUGUCAAGUGGGCGUUUGACCCUCACCAGACAGCCUGACCGAUGUCCAGUCAGGCAAAAUUCGUCAAAAUGCGCAGAGUACUAUCAGGACACAGCGGUCACAAAAAGCGAGCACGUAUACACCAGUCUACCAGUCAGCAUCCCUUUCCCCAUCGCACUGACGUUCGGAUUUCCAAGAUGCUUCUAGCAUUUUGUGGCUUUAACUGGGCCAGCCUGAGUCAGCUGCAUUAAUUCAUGUUUAAUGGCGAAUUUCUCUGAGGAAAGUUUAUCGAAGUUGAGGCCGUAAAUUCACCAAUUCUCGUAGGCAUGAUGCUUCCCAGAUGACGAAACUCAUGAGGUGUGCGUAUCAACUAGCGAGAAAUUUCCGAUCGAUCGAAAGUUGACCCAAAUGCAGCGACCAAAAACUUACAAACGAUUUGAAGAAAAAGAUGGGCUCACUGAAAUGGGAUUAUUUAGUCGUUGACGAUUCGAAGAGCAGCCUCGCCUACAAGGGCACAAAUCGGCCGCUCGGAGGUUACAACCUAACUCUCAACUAGCAACACAAGUUGGAGAAACUGAACAUGCUUUCGAUCUCCAGUGUGCCGCUAUCUUAGGCCGCGGCAACACAAAAGCAGAGCGACUAACACUCGAGGCUUGGUACUCCGAUUCCCACUCCAUCAACAGGCAUCUGGACCUUCCUGCAGCUUACAAAGUCCUACGUCAUCACAAUCGUAGAGCUCAGGACAACACAACCACAGCGGACUUAAGAAGGCCAUACGGUGACAGCCCGACGGCGAGUUUACUCGGUGAGGAAGAAAAAGAACCGCCAGACCGACCACCCGACAAAGGUUCAAUCGGCUCCGCCUCCGGACGGAAUGGCGAUUCACAAAGCAUUCAGUCAAAACGCCCGUCAACCAUCCCCCGAGAGGCCGAGGCAGCGAGAGGUGAGAAAAAUUGAUUACUAUGAGGCCGACCAACGUGACAUGCCACUUGGGAUUACUGGUCGAUUAAGUGCAUUUUACGCUUUGACAAUGGAGAGCCGACCAAGCUCUUCGAAAUGUCAGCAACUAAAUAAACCUGUUCCGGUGAGCCCUUCUUUUUCUUCAAAUAACCAACCCGGAUCUCUUAACUUUGCCCGUCCGAACUUACGAAAGAAUUAUUGAAAGCAAUAAUCCGUAGGUUUAAAAUGACGGCUUUCCUGAGAAAAUCAGAAGUGCCGAGAGCGCGAAAACUCGUUUUGUAGGAGUUAACGCUAUUUAUUCUACAUAGAGCCUGUUUAUGAGAAUAAUUCAGUAAAUGAAACAUCAUUGAUAUCAAAAUAUGAGGGCGAUUUUUUCCAGCAUAGCCCCUCAAGAAAUCUGAGUGAUCAGUAAACAUUCGCUUAAACACUCAGUCCGUAUAAAUGAACGUGAAGAGUUCAGCAGCUGUUGAUUUAAAAAAGACAAAGACACUCCUGAGGAGGGAGGCAUGAUCGUUGGGACAAGAACGUUAUUUGCCGUAAGUUUCCGAUUCACGUCCGGAUCUAUCAUCAAGGCGAAUUAUGUAAAGGUUAACGGUUGAACUGCCCUUUCAGGAUUUAUAAGAUGCAGUUACUAUGUCACUGCGCGUCUAUUAAAAUUGACACGUGGUGUGACAGUUGCCUAAUUGGCCAGGUGUUGCAGUGCCCGGGGGCUAUGCCCUCGAGUAGCCAGCAAAAUUGGCCGGCUUCCGCAUUCAUCGCACCUGGCGCGCUAAUUGCUGAUUGGCCACAGCCGGGCUGCUUAUUAUUGAAAGUUCAUCACUCGCGUGGGUUCUUGAGUUACCCGGCCUUGAAUGGUGAUGGCCUGGGCUAACUGCAGGACUGUGUCUCGCCCUUCUGGGUCUUAGAGAUUAUGUGCGUCUGGUAUGCCAUGAUCAACAAGCUAUGGCCCUCGCAGUAUGAUGUGCGCUGGCAGUUCUCUGACACCUGUUUCCCUGCCUAUGGAUGCGCUCGCCCCCCUCCUCCCCCCCCCCGGGUACACAGGUCGUGUGGGUGGUGGCCCCGUGGUAGUUCGCGUCUCCUUGCCCUCCGCCUUUGUCACACUGCCGUCCUGUCCGCCUCACACUCCUUGUCGAUACGCUGGUGGGACGCACGAGGCUUGUCAAUAGCCUCGCGAGUGCUCCAGGCCAAUCAACGCCGUCCACCCUCUGAUUGGCUGGCGGACGCGGAGACAACGAAAGGCGCACACACGCGCUGGGUCUGAGCACCUCGAAGACCGACACAGGCAACAACUGGCCUGGAGAGCCCGCUCGCGGCGACUGCCUACAGAGCCUUUGUGAACGCACUUCCAAAACAGUAAAGGUUGUCCAACUCAAACCGUCUUCCCUAAUUUCUGAUCGGGAAUCUUGGUCUUGUCGUCCACCCCACUUUCGACAGCCCGGUCACCCUUCGCCUUCUGACUCGCUUGUUUUCUUGUUGGUUAAAAUCCUGGUCAAAUGUAUGUUGUGAGCCAUCGGGUGUGGGGCACGCUUAGGUGCGGAUUUACGCCGUGCCAGCCAACUGCUUCCUCUCCCGCCCCAAGCCUACUUGACUGUGUCUUGACGCCGGAAGGAGAAGAGAGUGCGGUAGAUGCUUCGCAAGUCGUCGUACCUGCUCUCACCUUUCUGUGGAGCACACGGGGGACAUCGUCGGUCACGACGGUCGAACUGUCGACUUCUUGAGCUAUUUGGCUCACCAGCACUAGCACCGGGAAUAGUGGUCGUCCGCGCGUUCCUCGAGUGGCUAAUUGCUUUCCCCGGGGUAAAGUCUCGGCGCAGAAUUCGACGAUGGAAGGUCAUUACGCUUGUUGACAGAUUGAGGGCGGGAAGACCAUAAAGCGAGCAGAUUGUGGCUCAUCCAAAAGCCAUACGCCCCAAACAGCACCAAAGAUGAAAUAUCCACCCACUCUCUCGACUUUUCCGCUAAACCACUUAUUUGACCACAUUCUGCGAGGCGUAAUGCUGAAUACAGGGUCGGGUAGGGAAACUGGGUUGCCUUCUCGACUACUACCAGUACAGUGCCGCCUUGUCGGGUUUUUUUUCCAAGUUCUUUUACAACUCUCCCCACCCCUUCAUUUGGAAGCCCAAAAAACGUAAACGCCACAUGUAGUACUCAUUUAUGACAAUAGUAGUACCCUGACCAGCUGGCCGUUUCCACGAGUUUUAGUCAGGUGAAAAAAGGCAAGAUAUCCAGAGACUGUGUCAGGAGGCAUCGUCACAAGUUUUCCAGUUCUCUUAUACACUUCAAGAAAGGAUCUUUCAGGCAAUCGUCUGAAACAGGACUGCAAAUCCACGCAUGUAUUUUUCUGUUGAAUAUAGGUUACUGGUCACUCUUCCCCAAUACAAGCAUGUUGAUCCGGUUUUCCGGGUAUCAUGUAUGGAAUUCUGUCUUUGGGCUCCUUUUUGUCCUUAGUUGUUUGAAUAUUCACGUCUAAAAAGGUCAGCGUAUAGCUAGGCAGAAUUUUGAUGGAGGUAUUAGGCUCAUGCAUGCUGUUGACGCUUUCACCUUCGUGCACCGAGAUGCAUUUGUGCAAAUUUUCCAAACCCACCAGCAGACCAGGAUAAUUUCCGUCAACCAAAGCUCCUCCGAAUUACAUUCAUUGCCAUCAAGUCCUUUCUUGAUCCGAACUUCCUGAACCAUCUCAGGAUGCUUUUGAAGAAGAAGAAGAAGAAGAAGAAGAAGAAGAAGAAGACGACGACGACGACGACGACGACGAACAAUAAGAGGUUAUUGGUUACUGGGUAGCAGCUUCAGUUAGACGCGCAACUCCCCAUUUUACUGUAGCAGAGCCGCGUCCUCAGAUACUGCCCCGAUUCCCUAGCUUGUUAUCCUCUUCCUUGUUUUUUUCGCCCGAAGUCCCUCGAAAAUAAUUUGGAGGAAAUAAUGUGCACUAUUCUUGUCUCCACCUUUUCUGCCCUAAGUUCAACCACGGAAGAAGAAAGCGCAGAGGAUGCCCUCCGAAGAAUGAACAGCAGUCCGUGGUCGGGCCCCUCGGUAAGUCUCGCUUUGCUUGAGUCUACUAGAUGUGCACAUAUUUUUCCUAAUCCUUGGAAAAUGAUAGCAACCGUUUAGGUCAACACUGCUUUGCGGGUAUUCUCAGUUGACUGUUAAAGAUACGAAGAGGGUGCUUAAGCAAGGUUUCUGCAUUUGGGGGAAACAAGGCCUCCUGAUGAGCACUGGCAGCUCCGAAUCGAAACCGCACCUUACAACUCCCUUCGCCCAUGCCUUGGGUAGGAGAUUAACAGAGGAGGAGCCCCACUGUGAAAGUGGUGAUUGCCUUGCUAGGCAGCUGCAAUCUACAUCCCUCGCAAAGAAUUGUUUGAUGACAGCUAGUUGUAUAAAAGGAACACCGGCAAAGAUGAGGGAGGCUGAAGUAGCAAUUUUCGACUUGUCGCCGGAUCUUUUAGUCAGUCAUAGUCCUCCAGCCCAAAUCCUCAGGCUCCAACUCACGCUGCUUAAAUAUUUUGAAUUAGGCCAAACACUAUACCGCCGAUUUACAGCCUCCUUGUCCAGGCGGUGGCGAGCGGGAAUAGUAGUCUUUCUCAAAGUGGACCCCGCCAAUGUGGUCACGUGACGGAGAUUGCCUGUUCUUUCUGUCUUGCAGGCACCUUAAGCAGUCCCGAAACGAUAAACAAUGACGCAAAGGAAAGGUCAUCAAAAAGAGAGGAAACUUUACGGGUCAUUCUGGUUAAUGUGUGUUAAUACGUUCAAAGUAGUGUGGUCGAUAAGACAAAGAUUCCCAAUCAAAAGUCAGGGAAGACGAAGUGAUUUGGACAACCUUUACUGUUUUGGAAGUGCGUACACAAAGGCUCUGUAGCCAGUCGCCGCGAGCGCGCUCUCCAAGCAAGUUGCUGUCCGUGUCCGCCUUUGAGGUGCUGGGACCCAGUGCGCGUGUCCGCCUUUCAUCGUCUCCGCGGCCACCAGCCAAUCAGACGGGGGACAGCGUUGAUUGGCCUGGAGCGUUCGCGAGGCUAGUGACAAGCCUCGCGUGUCCCAGGCGGACAGAAAGGCAGCGUUACAAAGGUGGAGGGCAAGGAGACGCGAACUGCCACAAAUAGACCCGAUCGAAGUCGACAGGACAACGAGCCUGUGGCUCAGUAGUUAGGGGGCAAUGGACAUUUAAUCAACAGGGGAUGGGAUCGAGCCCCAGGUGUAGCACACCUCGGCGUUGGGUAUGGCUGUCUAAUGACGGCUGACAAGCCAGAACUGGCCAUCCCUGUCCCCCUUGUCUUUGUUGGUAAUGUCAUUCAGCCUAUACCACGCGCCGCUGUGCGGCUUCUGGCGAGGUCUAAGGCCCAACGGAACCAGUGUGCUCCGUAACGCGAUCCAUGCACGCCCCUCAACCGGAGUCAAUCUCAGCAGUUUUUUGAUGAUAGUAAUAGAGGCAACAGCUAGAGACCAGCUCAUAAUGCUCAGACGCAGACUUCAGUUUAUUUGGUAAGGAUAAUAGACAAGGCCUUUGAAAACCCCAUUGAUAACAUGUCAGCUUGUUAGAAAUAACUGUACACGAACGAUGAAAAUGUUCGCUAUUAAAACAGUACUUGAUUCAUUUGAGUAGCAUUGUCUCAGAUAACAAAAUUACGGGUCGCGGGGUACUUAGCGCAUAUUCAGACUGUCGAGAGAAGGCAGGGGACACAAAUAAUCAUCCAAGCGUUUCUUUAAGAGUUGCAGGGAUGUCGCCUCCACGACCGACUGAGGGAGAUCGUUCCAUUUCUCCACUACCCUCUGCGUGAAAAAUUCAGAACGAAGAUUCAGCCUGGACACUGUUGUCCGUAACUUCAUCAAGUGACUUCAUGUGUGUUUUUUAUGCCUUCCUGACUGGUAAUUCUCAGUUUGUUGUUUUCUUCUCAGGGCUAUUUUGCGAAUCGUGACCGACGCGACUCCGAAGUCUCCAACGCCAUGUCAUCUCCAGUGGAAGAUGAGGCUCCCAACCUGGAAGAGACUCACAGCCGCUAUUCGGAGGUCUCAUUCGACCAGACCGAAGGCAGAUCUCAGUCGAUCGCCAGUCGGAGCAGCACGUUGACUGCAGAGGAGCAGGGUAGCAGAAGAAGGAAGGAGGCCUUUCGCGCUCGCGCGAAAGAGGAAGAGGACGAAGAGUUGGGGAGCAAUAAGAUCAGAGAAGACGAGGAGCUGCAGGAGGCUGAAAGAAAGCUACUGGCCACCGCCCAUAGGGGUUCACUCGCUAGUUGGGGGACCGAAGCCGCUCUCAGGCGUUAUGAGGGACAAGAAAGGGCGGGUAUUUCAGUGGCAGCUGAAGGUGGACUAGAGGAUGGGGUGGGGGCACGCCGAGGGGCAAAGGGUGCCCCCGAGACACCUCCUGGAGACAGCCUGUACCCAGCGGUGGACAAGGAGCAUGAGGUGACGGGGAAGGAUAGACGCGACGAGGAGGGCGUUAGGGAGUAUAGUGGAGGCCGAAAGUUGAAGGAUGUGGAGUCAAUACCCGGAAGCUUCGGAUUGGCGGGCAGCAAACAGAAAAAGAAAAGGGAGCCGGCAGGUCUUGUGUCGGCCAGCUUUGUUCCCGGUCAACUGCAACAGACGAAGAGUCCUGCAGGGACGGGCAGGCCGCCGCUCCAUGCCACAAACAUUGGUGGCCAACCGCAGAAGACUCACAAUAUCCGCGCACUCUUCACCACUCGAAAGGCGGCGGCGAGGCUGAUGAUGAAGACGCCCCUUUCAGAUGAUGAGAUAGACCAAGAUGGCCUCAAAGCGGGACUGGAACGUCUGCCCAGGUACACCGCAUAUCAUUCUCAGGCAACCCUAGCACCGGAUGACUUCCUCAAAGUGCUACCGAUUUCUGCUGAGCGCAGUCUGAAGGCGAAACCCGACACCCCCGAAAAGGCGCCACCGAAGGAGACCAGCCUGUUGAAGCAGAGUACCCAAUCAGACGAACUCCUUCACUCCCUCGAAGUCAAGCCACACAAAAGGACCUCGAAGCGACUGAUUAUUCUGGGAAAAGUGCAGAAAACGUCGACUGAAACUACCUCCAGCCUCAGCUCCGUCAUCGAGUCCACAAGCAGCGAUCACUCCGAAAUCCCUCAACUGCAUUACUUCCGACCCCUCGAGUCGGAGUUGGAGGAAGAAACGCCAAAGGAGAUUCAGAAGAAGGACCCAAUCACCUUGGCCCUCCUGGACACCAUUAUGAAGUGUCUUGCGGUGUUCGGCAGUUACUCGCAAAGAGAGAUGGAAGCCAUUGCACCGCGGAUAUUCAACUGUCAGUAUGAGUCUCAGCAACUCGAAAAUUUGCCCAAAUGCAGUAUCUUCAGCGAGGAUCCAGACUGCGCCUACUGGGACCUCUUCUGUUUCCAGGUGCUUGACACUAUUCGUGCCGGUGUGAGUAUUGAGGCCAGUGGUGAAUACCUUCUUAGGAUCGCCGACGGCCUGCUUAGAGGCUUCAGUUCCCUUGGAUGUCUUGGUCUAGCUCCGCCACAGGACAUCAAACUCGCCGUGCAGCGGAAACGCCAACUACAACGUCAGGCCGACGACGAGGCGGAGACAGAAGCGGCAACUUCCAGUACAGCUGCCGAGCUCAUAAAGUGGUCGGACGCGAAACGUCGUUCAGAACUGGGCUCUGACUGGUUUGACGAGCCCAGCAGUGAGAGUGGCACCACUCUGCUUGAAAACAUUCCAGCUCGUAAGCCUAUGACUCGACAGCCCGAGUUUUGGGCGCACAUUCGGGAAAAGCAGAAGAUUCGAAAGGUAAAUUAUAUUUUAAAUUAUAUUGCUACUUUAGCACUAUAAGUAAAUAGUUCUGUAUUCCGCGGUGCAAACAUUGUGGAAGUUAGUUUGAUCAGGCACCUCCAGACCUGCACACUAAAAACCUCGCGGUAGAGGGAUCAAAAGUGAAGAACAAUCAUUGACAACGAUAAUGGGAAAAUGGUUGGAACCACGAUCUACCAGGGCCCUUUCAGAUGUCAUUCUAAACUCAUAAUCAACAUUACUUUUGUAUUUUAUGCACACUGUUUAGGCUUUAUGUCAAUUGUCCUUUUACCACAUUUAGCAACGAAUUCUGGAAAAACUCGAACAAGUGGAGACUGCCCAGAAAAUCGAAGACCAGACUUCAAAGUAAGCGUUUUACGUCUGGAAAAAUGUUCUAAGAUCUGUCCGAGUCAUUGUAUCGAAUCUACCCGUAUCAGUUAACUAAAGCUCUUUUUGCUUGUGUUGUGCAUUUAAUCAGCAACUUGUACCCUGCGAAUGAACCCGCGUAAUUCAAUCUAUACACUUAUGAUAACUAAAUUAUUGCUCCAUCUGGUGGUCUAAAAAUGGGGCCCUUUCAGGACUGUAACGCGUGAGUUAGGUGUAAAAUGAACCAUUUUCUACAUAUAUACAUACGAAGCAGGAAGAGUGUCGAUUAAGAUAAGGGAGGCCGAGAUGACCAUUUCUGCCUUACAAGCCUUCGUCAGUCAGCCUUGCCCAGCCGCAAGCUUGCAGGACGUAGGAUUUAAGCCGGAAUUUUUUUGGAAAUUCUGCGUUAUUAAGCCCAAAGCUCUACCACUGAGUCAUAGGUCUGUUGUCUUUGGCAAUAUUUACAUCCCCAUCGCAACCGACAGGACAAAAGGCCCUUGGCUCACUGUUAGAGCGUUCGACCCAAUGAAUACAGUUUCCCGAUUCGAAUCUCAGCUGUUUCAGAAACCCGGGGUUGUGUGUGACUGGCUGAUGACGACUACCAAGUCGGAAACGGCCAGUCCCCGGUCUCCCUUGCCUUUUUCGGUGUUCCUUUAGUGCAUAAGCAUGAAUACCUACAUCGUAAAUGGCGGUAAUUAGAUAGCAGAAGAGAAAGAAAAAGAAGAAGGGAUGGGGAUUUCUGUGUGUAAAAUAACAUAAGUACGACUUCUCGUGUACUCACUCGAACCCACCCUCAAGGAUACCUGAAAACGUAGAACUCGAACAAGAUUCGAAAACCUUUGCCUGGAGUGACCCUCAAACCCGCUGUUGAUUUGUUUUCUCAGCACUUGGUACGACAGCAGCAGACUGACAUGCCUGUUGACUCAGCCAUUGGUUGGGUGCUACAUUUCCUGAAAGGUGUAAAAUUGGGUCAUUUGAUUGGCCCAGGGUCGUAUUGCGAUGAUCGAAAGUGAAGUUUUCGCCUGGAGAGGACGAACAAGAGGCCGCCAGAGACUGUUCGUCUUUUUGCCUGACAGAGAAUUUUGCCUCCAUGUAUCCUUGCUUUCAGGUCCUUUUCCAAAUUGGUCGCCGGAGUUCAGGCCUUCCGCGCGAAACUUGACAUUUAAAGCAUGACUUGGCCCACAGGCAUAUCGAUCUGCUGUCCUAAUAUUAAGGAAAGCAAGCACACAUCAAUAGCACGGCUUCAGGUCAUUCCCGGAGGAGUUGUUCGAAUUUUAAGUGGGCCAUACAAAUUCAUGUACUCAUAACAGUGGUCUCGAUUGAACGCUGGAAACACCGUAGAAAGGUUGUUUUGAAUCUAAAAAUCGAUUUCUCCUUUUCUUUUGCAUAUGUGCGCACAUUCAUGCAAGAACGGGCCCGAAUUAAUCCAUUAGAUUCCGGAGGUAAGCCAGCCUAGAUACUGAAAAAAGGAAAGUAAUGACAUCAAAUUCUUUUCGUCCUUUCACCAGAUGCGACGUACCGCUGCACGGAGCUUUGAUGUAUUUCCACUGUUCACUAUGGAAGACCAGCAAGGUCAUAUUUCAAAUUCUAAAAUGAUUAUUAGAAAUAUGGUAAAAAAUGGAGGACUUCGACCGAGAAGCCCAAGACUUCUGUAGUCUCUGAGAAACCAGGUGGUGUAUGAAUCAGAACACCUGGAAUUACCAUGACAACUCCAAAUUUCCAGCUUGGCUCACUGGUCGUAUUUGCCCCUAAGCCUGGACACUGCAUUCAACUGGCAGCGUCUCUGCACGAAUGCGCAAUUGGAAGUCUACUUUGACGUCAUUGGACUGUCCGCUUUCUAGCAAAUGCUUGGUUAUAGAGGAUCGGGCGAAUAUGUUUUCCGACGUGCGAUGUCAUCUAUGCGCGCACUCAUCUAACCGAACCGCCAACUGCUCUGGCUUUCGCUCGGGAUGGCUUCAUUUACAGCUGCCUAUAAAUUCCCAUAUAUAUAAUUUUAGGCUGCUUACAUGGACAUAUCAGUCUUGAUUUCCGUGCAAUUGGAAAUACACUGUAAGCCCAGUUUACUGACAUCUGUGUUUGUCUCUAAGGAACGUUUAAUCGCUCUGGAUCUUCACAUUUUAUGAAAAGUAUUCGGCAAGGAUUAAGUAUGUGUGCGGGGUAGGAAAAUGUCAACUGUCGCUUAACAAGUUUACCAACCUUCCAUCACUCCUGCUUUAGUGGCAGACGUACGUAGUCCGGGAAUUUUUUUGCUACCCGACUGCUCUCCGCGCCGAACUUUUUUUCAAAAAUUAACUUUUCUCCCAGAAAAAUGAGUCAGUAUGAACAUUUCAACUCCCCGGGGCGGUACAGGUCAGCGAAUGUCAUUUUGCUGAUGAGGGGCAUAUCAAAAGUCCUACGGAACAACACCUACUUUUAAAAAUAUAGUAGGCAGUUCUCCAUAGUUUUCCGUUUCCAUUCACUAACGCCAGUAGAAUGCUGCAAAGUUUCCUAAAAAAGAGGUAGAGGAACUGGAAGGACUCCUUUUCCGACUUACGUGCCUUCGUGAACAACCUCCAUAAUUUCACAUGCAGUAGGUGGGCUUACUCAUAAAACGUCAACCGAAAUUCAGAGAUGAGUUUCGAUUUCGAAAAGAUUAAUUAAGUAGGGUUGCAAAACUAAUUAUUGUGCAGCGUAAUUCUAUAAUAAGUCAGUUACCACAGGAUGCCAGAUUUCGGAUGAACUUGUAGUGACAUUUAAGCCCGUUUUGUUUUAAUCAGUUACAAUACCUUUUGUUAAAUAAUUUGACACAACUUUGAAUGAGACAAAAAACAAGCACGUGAAUGUUUACCUGUUGACGACUUUGUUUUUAUUUACUAGUUUGUAACUGUUGGGAUACUGCUAUCUUCGUUUCCUGGAUAGACUACUCACUGUGCACAACUAAUGGAUUUGUCACUAACAAGCUGGUCAUGUCGAAGUAGAGCCACGACACGCGUGUUUUCAAAGCCAAAGUCAGGGAGGACAGUUAGAUGGAGAUGUUUUACUGCUGGCAAGGGAGUGUACACACAGCUCAGCAAGCCUCUUCUCACCAGGCAUGCGUUGAGAUUCUUAGCCCCCAUCGCCUAUGUGUGCGCUUUGGCUACGUUUGUCUACAGGCAGUCGGCGAAGUACGCAGUGGUAGGGGGCGCUCACCGAUCGAUCUUACGGAACUCACUCGUUCCGUUGUGCCUUACGGGCUCUCUCUCUCUCGAGCCCAACCAGCAGCCGCAGAGCGGCGCAUGAUGUAGGCAGAAUGUUAUUACCGACAGUGGUGAGCGCCCCCUACCAUUGUAUAUUCCCGAUCGAAACCGACAGGGCAACGGGCUCGUAGCCCAGUAGUUAGAGUCGUGGACCUCUAACUAACAGGUCGCGAGUUCGAACCCCAGGUGUUCCACACUUUGGGGUUGGGUAUGACUAGCUGACGACGGCUAAUAAGCCGGAAAUGGCCAUUCCAGUCUCCCUUGUCUUUGUCGGUAAUAACAUACUGAAGUACACAGUGUCGGUUGGCUCUUCGAGCCUCGGCCCCGCCGGUGUCAAGUCUCGACCGGUUAAGGCCAUCGGCUGACGGGGAGUGUGAGGCGGACAGGAAGGCAGCGUGAGUAAACGGCCGUACCGGCGACCAAGAGACCAGCCUGCCUCAGUCACGCCCGAGUCUUGGCGCAGCAGACACACUCCGGCCUACUUACUGUUCUCUGAUCAGUUAACCAUGCGCCUCAGGGUUCCUCUUCUCUAGAUCUUUUGUCGCAGCCUUCAUAAUCGUCCAUAAAGGUCAGUAUAGUGUGUGGUUUUAAAUGCCUCCUUCCUCCCUUCUCCCGCACUGUGCAACAAGGAACAUUAUUCGACUCCUCACCAAGAGUGCCUCUGCGGCCCGCAAGUGGGAACCGGGGUCGGAAGCGCGGCGGAUUCUGCGCUCCCGUGUUCAGAACCCCUACUUCGAACCGCUGAAGGGUAAGCCGGCCCUUCUGGACGACCUCAUCGAACGUAUCAACGCCUACGGUAACUAUGUGAACCGACUGGUUCGUCGACGGGUGCAGCGCUCGUUGGCAAAGUGCGGUUUCCGCGAGAAGUUACCCCCCACCAAGUACGUACCACUACGGUCCUUCCCCACAGCACCCUCCCCUCCACAAGUGUAUUUUUAAAUUUUCAUCUGUCGCUGAGUUUUGUGAAAGUGCCCCUGCCGUAGGGACAGAAACGAAUAGUUGUCGACAAAAAGACUACUGCAGGAUGGUGAUCUACACUCUCCCAUCAAGUAUGAUUUUUUUCAGUUAAAUUCCGCAUAAAUGCCUACUAAAGUAGGGUGUGUGUCUGCACACUAGCCUAUGACGCCUAUAAUCUUCCCGGUUAAAUGGGGACGAGAAAUAGUUGUCCAGGUGAACUGAAACGUAAAUAGUCGUUCGAGAGGAAACCGGUGAUCUCUCGUGGUUGUAGACGCAGUCCAGAACUAAGCCACUUCUGUGAACUUGCUGCCAUGAGUGUAACUGGACAAACCGUGAGCUCGCGAGUCCGAGAUGUGAUCGAGUGGGAGUUCGGUUCUGGGUCGGUCGACAGAUGUGUUGAACUCCUCUACCACGCCAACCAAUGCUAACGCAGCCGACCACUCCUAUGAACAAUUACUGCACGCAAGGUCGGCGCAAUCAUUCACUGUCGUCCUCGCCGUACCGUUGAAAAUGAACGAAAGAACAGGACGAUGCACAAAGAUCCCGCUAUCCAUAGGCGUCAGUGCGGAACGUCCUUGGGCAUUGCGUUUAAUUUAGACUGCUGAAGGACAUCCUUAUUGUGGCUGCAUCUAUUUUAGAGUCGUAUGGGGGUUUCCGCCGAUAUCCACUGCGUUGGCGGAUGCACAACAGCAACCGAUCAGUAACGGGAGGGUACUACCGACAAAGAUUAAGAAGAAUUGGACGACCGUUUCUAAUCCCCCCCUGUCAUUAUCACUCAGUCAUGUCUUGUUCUAGGCCGAGAAGACCUGAUUUAACUGGUCGUCAGACCUCCGUUCUGUUGGCCGCUAGAGGGGACAUUACGUCACGUGGAGAGACAGUUUUACCAUUUGGUAUGGUUACUGGAUUGAACGCAGAUGAUUCGUUUUAUCGUUGAGCCCAGAGUUCACGGGCUAGGGCGCCUGUAAUUCCUUAUCAGGUAGAAUAGAUCUACGAAAAACACUCCAUGUGACUCCCCAGAACCGCGCCCAAGAUGACAGGAUUGAGGGUGAGAUCGUCUGCUGACUCCACGAUCUUGUCUGUAUUUUGGCGACUUGCGGUAGAAACUCAGUCAUUUCCUCCUAGAACGACAUUCUUCUCCACUUCCUGGGUGUACGCUCGAUUGUUUUAUUUUAGAGUUGUCUCGAUCAAUAACUAUCGCAUUAUCCCGCGACCCUCCAACAUACCCUCACAAGAAUGGCGACGCCUAAUUGGCCGCGGCGAACGAAUCGCCUAUACGACCACUGAUACCGGACUCUGUCACAGAGCCAAUGCUGCGCUGGCGCCGAUAAUUAAACUGGACAAUGAUCCCGACCUUUCCGGUCACCUCCUGAGAAACCUGGACAUUGUGAAUAUUAUUCACGCGGGGACCCACUCGGACAACAUCUUGCGACAGACGUACUUAAAUGCCUAG